AUGAAAACCCUUGAAGACAAAGAACCAUCCGACAAUGAGUCUUUGCACAGAGUUGAAAUUGUUGGAGGUCGACUUUCUUCUUCUUCCAAAAUUGACUCUUGUAUUGUAGUAGUUGUCGGUAUCUUUGUUUCUUCGAUCGAAGGUAAUUUAUGGUCAGAGGAAAUUUUUGGAAAAGGUGAAGACGUACCUCGUAGGGUUAAAGAGAAAAAAAAGGAGUGA